UUUUAUCUUUCGUUGUUGUUUCCUUUCAAUUUCCUUUGAUGGACGUGGGAAAAAGGCUGGUCUUUCUCUGCUUUUUCCUCGCAUGUCUUAUUCUAAGAUUGUAUUUUGGAAAGUGGGGUUGAUUUAGCUUCUUGACAUGUGUGUGUGAAAUUGAAUUCUUGCUCGCAUCAUUUUUCAUUAACUGAAAAGUUACUUCAUUUGUUGGCUCUUUGUUUGUUUGUGUGAAUUUUAAUUGGUGGGGAAGUGUAUUGCUUUGGAUAGUAUCCGACAAAGGUGUAUUUGAAGCAAUGGAUGCUUCAUCGAGAGAUGAAGCACCUAUGCUGCCAGCUACAUAUUUACAGUCUGAUAAUGGCGGCUCCUCUACAAGAAGAGGGAUUUCUGGUAGGACGAGGAGUGUGUCAAUGUCUUUCGCUACGGAGUCUCCACAUCCAUCUGAAUACCAGCAAAAUCUAGUUGGCUUCACUGGCCCUUUGAGGGCUGUGAAGCAAAAUUCUCAAGUACAGAUGAGUGGUCCGUUAAAUCCUAACCGGAACAACGAGCUAGUCUUUAGGCCUCCUCAGACAGCUGCUGAGGCUGAGAAUCGGGCCAGGAAUGGAGAUGGGGACUACGUGGGGAAGAAUGAGCACCUCUGGAGGUCUGGGCAGCUCGGAAAGUGCAGUGACCCCUACUGCACAGCUUGCCCCAUGUUCUAUGAUGCUAAGGGGCAGCAGAAGCCGUCAAGGACAACAGCGAUGAUUGAUGCUAAGUAUCGCAAUAUGUUCUAUGGCGAUGCACAAAGUUGGGCAAAGAGAAUGCGUUCGCGUUUUCUUUCUUAUAUUCCUGGGGUUAUUAAUCCUCAUGCAAAACUCGUUCAGUGGUGGAACAAGUUCUUCGUUAUCUUUUGCAUUGUCGCGUCAUUUCUCGACCCAUUUUUCUUUUUCCUAUUGUUUAUGCGCAAGGAUUACAACUGCGUCGCAUUACUUAAGCCUAAGACACGAGAAUUUCUCAUCUUAAGGACCAUUACCGACUGCGUUUAUAUAAUGCAUAUCCUCCUUCAGUUCAGGCUAGCUUAUGUUGCUCCUGAAACAAGAGUUGCAGGGUCUGGCGAUUUAGUUGACGAUCCUAAGAAAAUUGCCUGGAAUUAUUUCACGACAUACUUUCCUGUUGAUCUAGUUGUUGUACUUCCCAUGCCACAGAUUAUUUUAAUAUUUUUCUUACCACACUCUGCCUCGUCACCUGGAAACGAAAUUAUAAAAUAUGUCCUUCCAUCGGCAAUUCUCGUUCAGUAUAUACCAAGGCUGAGCAGAUUCUUACCUUUGGUUGCUGGUUUUUCCCCAACUGGCUUCAUUUUUGAGUCAGCCUGGGCGAAUUUCCUCAUGAAUCUUCUCACGUACAUUUUGGCGAGCCAUGUGGUUGGCUCAUGCUGGUAUCUUCUUAGCAUACAGAGAGUCAAUAAGUGCCUUCAAGAUGUAUGUGACAGGAACAAAACCAGUAACUGUAUGAAAUACCUCAGCUGUAAUCAUAAUUAUGAGAAGAGGUUUGCAGACAUUCCGGACUGGAAUGACUGGAAAAAUAAUGAAAAUGCAAGUGCUUGUUUUACGAAAGACGGUUUUGACUUCGGGAUAUGUGAAGCUGCUGUCAAUCUGACCACCCACAAGGACAUUUUCGAUAGAUACUUGUAUUCACUCUUUUGGGGGUUCCAGCAAAUUAGUACGCUAGCUGGGAAUCAGGAGCCGAGCUACAUGCCUCUCGAAGUUGUUUUCACCAUGUUCAUAAUAGGGAUUGGUCUGCUGCUUUUCGCUCUUCUGAUUGGGAAUAUGCAGAACUUUCUGCAGGCACUUGGACGCAGGAGGUUAGAAAAGUCUUUAAGAGGCCGCGAUGUUGAACAAUGGAUGAGCCAUCGUCGCUUACCUAAACAUCUUCGAAGGCAAGUCCGAGCUGCAGAACGCUUCAACUGGGCAGCAACUAGGGGUGUAAACGAAGACUCGCUGAUAGAGAACUUGCCAGAGGACCUUCAACGAGAAAUUAGGCGCCAUCUCUUUAAGUUCGUCAAGAAAGUACGGAUUUUUCAACUUCUCGAUGAACCUGUCAUUGAUGCUAUACAAGAGAAGCUGAAGACAAGAUCCUACAUCAAAAACACUAAGAUACUAUAUCCGGGUGGUCUAGUUGAUAAAAUAGUAUUUAUAAUUCGUGGAAAGAUGAAAAGCACGGGAGAAGAUGGCAACGAUUCUAUCCUGUCUGAAGGCGAUGUUUGCGGAGAAGAACUACUUACCUGGUGCCUCGAACAUUCUUCCGUCAGUAAAGAUGGAACGAGUAUUAGACUUCCACGACACGGGCUGUUGAGCGACAGGCAGGUAACUUGCUUAACAAACGUCGAAGCCUUUGUAUUACGAGCUGCUGAUUUUGAAGAAGUGGCGGGUCUCUUCACAAGAUUUUUGAAGAUUCCACUCGUUCAGGGCGCCAUAAGGUAUGAAUCACCGCAUUGGCGUGGAAUUGCAGCUAGACGAAUCCAACUAGCAUGGAGACACAAAAGGAAGCAAACAAAUCGAGUUGAUUCAAGUCAAGUAGGUUCCUCAAGGUCACCGCACAACUUGUCAUAUCGGACUAGAAGCAAGCGUAAAUAUUAGACAUACUCUAGGUUCUACAAGAUAGAUUCAUGUUCUUGUAACGGAUUCUAGCCAAUUGAAAGGAGCUUCUGGCCGACCGAGAGUUGCACGAUCUGCUUGGCUCAUGGCUUUCUUAUCCUCUCGGCCUUGUUUGAUAGCACGUUUGAGUAUACUUUACUCGAUGAUCGAUCUGCUCUUCCACUCUGUAGGAGCCAUUUUGUGUAGGACAGUUUUGUAUGUUAGGACGUUCCAAAGUUUUUUUCUGUAUAAAGUAAGCAUGGAUCUAGAAGGGUUACAGAAACAAAUUUUAUGUUGAUUAUUUUUAUAUAGAUAUCUUUUUUAACUACUGGCAA